CUCAGUGUCUGUCUCAGUGUCUCUCCGUCUCCUCUGCUGCUCGCUCCUCUUCAUCUCGCCCCCCUCCCUCGUGUUUUUGGUGUUGUGCGUGGUGGCGUGUGUGUGUGUUUCUAUACUAUUGUGUUGUUGUUGUUGCUGCUGCUUGUGACUUUGUGUGUUUCGUAUCGAAAUCGACUCUAGCGCUGUUGCUGCUGUCGGCAAUAAAAGUGGUUUACAAGUGAAUAUCUCCUCCAACUCUCUCGCCAUGUCCUCGUCCACCACCACCACCACCUCCUCCUCGCCGGGCCGCGUGUCCCUGUGCUCGGCGCUCUCCAUGCUGCUCCUGUCGCUGCUGCUCACCGCCGCGCUCGGCCUCUGGCUGCCCGCGCUGCUCCAGGCGCUGCUGGGCAGCCGCACGGCGCUCGCCAUCGUGGCCGCCUACGGCGCCUUCGCCCUCACGCUCAGCAAGCCGGCCGUGCCGCGGGGCAGCCUCGCGGCGAGUGGCAAGGCGGUGCUGGUGACGGGCUGCGACUCGGGGCUGGGCCGGCUGCUCGCGACUCGCCUGCACUCGCACGGCUUCUCCGUGCUCGCCGCGUGUCUGCACAAGGACGACGGCGGGGAGGGUGCACGGGCGCUGGAGAGCCAGGCCUCGGAGCGGCUGCGCGUGCUGCAGAUGGACGUGCGCAGCGACGAGCAGGUGGCGCGCGCCAAGGAGCUCGUGCAGCAGUACCUGCAGCAGCAGCACAUGCAGGGCCUGUGGGGAGUGGUGAACAACGCCGGCGUGACGGCGCUGGGCGACGCCGAGCAGGUGCCAGUGGACCUCUACCGCGACGUCACGGACGUCAACGUGUGGGGCACCGUGCGCGUCACGCAGGCGUUCCUGCCGCUCGUGCGCGAGGCCAAGGGCCGCGUGGUGAACGUGACCAGCAUGCUGGCGCGCAUGCCCGUGGCCUCCUGGGCGUCCGAGUGCGUCUCAAAGGCAGCGGCCGCCGCCUUCAGCGACUGCCUCCGCAUUAAGCUGCGCUCGGCGGGCGUGACGGUCUGCGAGGUGGAGCCCGGAAACCUGACGGGAGCCACGGAGCUGCUGAGCCCCGCCCGCCUCGACUCCACGCUGUCCGCGAUGGCCGACGCGUUGAGGCCCGGCCAACGCGACCGCCUGGCGCUCGUCGCGCGCUCGCUCCGAGCCGGCGGCGCCACGGGCGUGGAGCCGGCGCUCUGGGCCGUGAAGGACGCGCUGGUGUCCCGCUGGCCCUACUCGCACUACCACCCGGCCGACCUGCACUGGAAGAUCCGCGCCUUCUUGGUGUCGCUGCUGCCCUGCGUGCUCACCGAUCGCGUCUUCGGCCUGCACGUCUGAUCGCGCUCCCCGCGUCGUCGUUCAGGGUUGUCGCCGGCGGCGGCUGCGGCUGCGGCUGCGCUUCUCGCGAGCCCUUUCCGCUACGACGAUCGGUCUAUCGCGCGUGCGCUUAAUUACGCCGCCCCCGGAGGUCGUCCCAAGUCUAAAUUGUGUCGCGCGUUAUCCUCCACCAAUGUAUAUCCCAGGUGUGCCGUCGGCACCGUGAAAUGAGAUGAAAUCCCAUUCGGGUAUUUAAUCGAAGCAGUUGUGUGUGUACCCCUUUGAAUUUAGAGGACAGUCCGUGGAAGCGGAUAUCACAGAGCUAUUGUCAAGGUCCCUUCAAGUGAGCCCUGGUCAGCACAGCGGGGAACGACACUUUCCCCACCACUCUGCGUAUGAGAGUAGUGUUCGUCGCAUGGCGGUUAAACAAGUUUUUACUCGUUGACAACCAACCAUUUUGGAAUAGCAAAAGGCAACAACUUCUAAUAUUUUUCCGGACCAAAUCACUGCUCCUCCGGUUGUAUUCAACGGUUUUAUUUAACUUCACUUGUGUUUGUCGUGGUCAAAUCUUGUAAUCAAAAGUUAGACUUCUUCCUGUAUUCCAAUCAAUUCAAAAUUUUGCUACACAUACUCAGAUCCGGUGACAAUGCAUGCCUGUAUCAAAAUCGGCAUCAAUUCAUCAAUUAAUUGCCUCCUUUCAAGCAAUUACAAUUUUUGUAUGGACGGCUUAUUAAUUAUAGAUUUUGUGUAGGUCAAAAACGCUGCAGUCCCUAAACUGUGGAAACGAAGUUGUUAAUAAAACCGUUGGUUAAAAAAAAA